AAUACAUUACAUAAAAACACAUGUUAAUAGAGAAUCGUACGAAUAACGUAUUUAAAGUAAAUUGUUCACGGAAGGAAGUAACUUAAUAUAUAAAAAAAAAUAAAGUAAAUUGGAUUAACAGUUAAUAAUAUGGAAGAAUACGCUAGAGAACCAUGUCCAUAUAGGAUCGUAGAUGAUUGCGGAGGUGCCUUUGCCAUGGGAUGCAUUGGGGGCGGUGUAUUUCAAGCAAUUAAAGGAUUUCGUAAUGCACCGUCUGGCCUAAACAGAAGAUUGAUCGGAAGUAUAAUUGCCAUAAAAACUCGGUCACCCGUUAUAGCAGGAAACUUUGCUGUGUGGGGUGGUAUGUUCAGUACUAUUGACUGUACACUCGUCCACUUCCGAAAAAAAGAAGAUCCGUGGAACUCUAUAAUAAGCGGUGCUGCAACAGGAGGAAUUUUGGCUGCAAGAAAUGGCGUUCCAGCUAUGGCAGGAAGUGCAAUAAUAGGUGGCGUGCUCUUGGCUCUUAUCGAAGGUGUUGGAAUAUUAUUUACUAGAAUAUCUGCCGAACAGUUCAGAAAUCCUGUUCCUCCGGCGGAUGACCCUUCGGCUCUUGGAGAUCCUGGAAGUAAUUUUUCGUUUGGAUCAACUUCUAAUCAAAAACAAUAUCAAUAACAUGAUAAAAAUUUAAGAACGACAAACAAAAUAUUUUGAAUGUUAUAAGAAUUGCUUAGAUGUAAGUAGAUGUCCUAGUCAAACCUUAGAUAUGGUAUACCACCUGGCCCUAAGGUAUCUAAUUUCCCUGGACCAGCGCGUACUUUGAUAAAAUGCUGUCUCAUAUAUGCUCAAAAAUAAGUGGGCGACUUUCCUAUAAGUCUUCUUUUUAUUGCAGGUAGUACAUCACUCGUGUUACCGAAAAAUGCGUAUUGCGAAAAACCUUCGGCAUAAAUAAACAGCUAUGCAUCGUGUAACGAG